AAGAUCUGCAUAGACCUGUUCCUAAGGGGAAACAUGUCUGAGGUUGACUAUGAGAAGUUAGCUGAAAUAGAACUGCAGAAAGAUGAAGCGGAAGAUACACAGUCAACACAGGAAGAAACAUUUAUGUCUUCACCACUUGAGGAUCCUGAGUUAAAUAUCAAUCACCCUUACUACGAUGUUGCGAGACAUGGCAUCAUCCAGUUAGCAGGUGAUGACAAUUCUGGAAGGAAGGUGAUUACCUUCAGUUGCUGCCGUAUGCCCCCCUCCCAUCAGCUCAAUCACACCAGAUUGCUGGAGUACUUAAAGUAUACUCUGGACCAGUAUGUAGAGAAUGAUUAUACAGUUGUCUACUUUCACUAUGGCCUGAAGAGUCUGAAUAAACCGUCUCUGAAAUGGUUACAAACAGCCUACAAAGAAUUUGACAGGAAGUAUAAGAAAAACCUUAAAGCACUCUAUGUUGUACAUCCAACCAACUUCAUAAAAAUCCUGUGGAAUAUCUUUAAACCUCUUAUAAGCCAUAAGUUUGGAAAAAAAAUCACCUACUUGAACUAUUUAAGUGACCUCGGAGAGCAUCUCAAAUAUGACCAGCUAAAUAUCCCUCAAGAAGUCAUCCGGCAUGAUGAAAAUCUUCGGGGGAAACAGAAGGGAAAACUGCCACUUGUGGUUAAGGUUCCUCCACCACGGCCACCUCUACCUACCCAGCAAUUUGGAGUCAGCCUGCAAUAUAUCAAGGACAAAAAUAAAGGCGAACUAAUCCCCCCAGUAAUGAAGGAAACUGUAUCCUACCUAAAAAGAAAAGGACUACAAGUAGAGGGCCUCUUCAGAAGGUCAGCCAGCAUCCAGACUAUCAAAGAUGUUCAGAAACUCUACAAUCAGGGCAAAUCUGUGAAUUUCGAUGAUUAUCAUGAUAUCCAUAUUCCUGCUGUUAUCCUAAAGACUUUCCUUAGGGAACUCCCUCAGCCAUUACUAACGUUUGAGUGUUAUGAUCAUAUCAUCGGAAUCACCAGUGUGGAGAGCAGUUUACGAGUCACCAGGUGUAAGCAAAUCAUUCAAGGACUUCCUGAACACAAUUACGUUGUUCUGAAAUAUCUGAUAUGCUUUCUCCAUAUGGUUUCACAGGAGAGCAUAUGUAACAGAAUGACAGCAUCCAGCCUGGCCUGUGUCUUUGGCUUGAAUUUGAUCUGGCCGUCGAAAGGAACAGUGUCCCUGAGUGCUCUGGUACCUCUGAAUCUCUUCACUGAACUACUGAUAGAUUUCUACACGAACAUAUUCAACUCCCGAACAGUGCCUGGUGAGAUCUUACCUUAA